AUGCCAGUGCCCAAGGUGGCGUCUGACACUGCCAGUGCUGCUGCCAUGUUGAGCCCCGUUCUCAAUGCCUCCAACGGAGACGGCUCCGAAUCUGAGACCACCUCUGCUAUCCUCGCCUCCGUCAAAGAACAGGAGCUGCAGUUUGAGCGUCUGACCAGGGAGCUGGAAGCAGAAAGACAGAUUGUUGCCACUCAGCUGGAGAGAUGCAAGCUCGGCUCUGAGACUGGAAGCAUGACAAGCAUCAGUUCAGCAGAUGAGAAGUUCCGCUGGAACAACCAAGACGGCCAGAAGGACAUAGAGGAGGAGCUGACGACAGGCUUGGAGCUGGUGGACUCGUGCAUCCGGUCACUCCAAGAAUCGGGCAUCCUCGACUCCCAGGAGUUCUCUACAGGAGACAGGCAAGGUCUCCUGUCCCAGAGUGCUUUGCAGCUCAACAAUCAGGAUGCCUAUGCAGCCGCAGGUUACCAUAGCAACCACGGCCUUGCACUUGGCGAGCAGGCCCCGCCCCGCAGCGUGCAGGUGGGAGGAGCUGUUCACAGCUACAACCAGGUGACGUCCAGCCGUGCAGCGGCCCAGUUGGUAGGGGCUGACUCCCCAUCCCAGUCACAGAGAGACUCCUUUGCCCAGCAGGCCCACGUUAGCGCUCUCCAUAUGUCAGCUGACGGUGGCGGCAUGCCCACCGGGCCCUCCAUGUACUACUCCUGUGCCACCCUGCCUGCACAGCGUGUGAGCUCCCCUCUGCAGGCUGUGGGUUCCCCCACCAAGCUGCAGCGCCUGGGCUCGGCCUCCUCCGACAUGCCCAGCUACGCCACCCUACAGCGGGUGUCCUCGCCCAAACAGUCCCCCAGCCGACUCGCCAAGUCCUACAGCACCUCCUCACCCAUCAACAUGGUAGCAUCAGGCGCCGGUGGAUCCUCCUCUCCGCUCCCUAUGGCAGCCUCGCCGGGGGGGAACCACUCCUCGUCCCCCCUCCACCAGCUGAGCUCGGCGGUGGGCAGCUACGCCACACUGUCACCCACCAAACGCAUGCUGCACCACAUUGGCCCUGACAGUUACAAGAUCUCCCACGAGCUGUACGCCAACGCCACCCUGCAAAGGCCUGGUAGCCUGGCAGGUUCCAGAGGUUCCUACAGCAGCCAACACAGUCACCUGGGCUCUGAACUCCGACCUCUGCAGUCUCCAGAACACCACAUUGACCCCAUCUACGAAGACAGAGUCUACACCAAACCCAACCUCAGGGGGCAAGACCCAGCAGUCAGCCAGUUAUACCAAGAGGUCCUCAACUAUCUGUUCUGUCCCUACACUUCUCUCCCCACCUUAGCCCCGCCUUCCCCCGGUGUUGACCCACUCCCCUUGCAACGAACAGGAAGCCAGAGUGCUGCUGCCACCUAUCAGAGGGCCAGCUUUGCCCCAGGGGGCGGGGCAUCAGACUACGCCAACCCGUACCGCACGCUGCAGUUCUGUCCGUCAACAGAGUCGCCCUACAGCAAAUCAGGCCCCGCUCUGCCCCCGGAGGCGGCUCUAGCCAGGUCUCCAUCUGUGGACAGCAUCCAGAAGGACCCCAGGUACGACCCCGAAUUCCUUGUGUGGAAUCAAAAUCAAGCCGAGCAAAGAAUGACAAAAGAGUUUGGUUGGAGGGAUCCAGAGUUGCCGGAGGUGAUCCAGAUGUUGCAGCAUCAGUUCCCAUCAGUCCAGUCCAACGCUGCUGCCUAUCUCCAGCACCUCUGCUUCGGAGACAACAAGAUCAAGUCUGAGAUCCGGAGGCAGGGGGGUAUCCAGCUGCUGGUGGACUUGUUGGACCACCGUAUGACUGACGUCCAUCGCAGCGCCUGUGGAGCCCUACGAAACCUGGUGUACGGCAAGGCCAAUGACGAGAACAAGAUUGCUCUGAAGAACUGCGGCGGCAUACCGGCUCUGGUCCGACUGCUCCGAAAGACCACCGACGUGGAGAUCCGAGAGCUCCUCACAGGUGUGCUGUGGAACUUGUCAUCUUGUGAUGCCUUGAAGAUGCCCAUCAUCCAGGACGCCCUGGCCGUGUUGACCAACGCUGUGAUCAUUCCCCACUCCGGAUGGGACACCUCCCCCCACACACAGGAGGACCGCAAGCUGCACCUCCACUCCUCACAGGUCCUCCGCAAUGCCACCGGUUGCCUCAGGAAUGUGAGUUCAGCUGGGGAGGAGGCACGGAGGAGGAUGAGGGAGUGUGAAGGCCUGACAGAUGCCCUGCUGUAUGUCAUCCAAACCGCAUUGGGGAGCAGUGAGAUUGACAGCAAGACCAUAGAGAACUGUGUGUGCAUCCUGAGAAACCUGUCGUACCGUCUGGCUGCGGAGACGUCUCACAACCAGCAGGGGGGGUCGGAGGAGCUGGACGGCCUGCUGUGUGACGCUAGUGGAAAGGAUGCAGAAAGCUCUGGAUGCUGGGGGAAGAAGAAGAAGAAAAAGAAGGGACAUGACCAGUGGGACGGUGUGGGCCCCUUCCCAGACUCGGCAGAGCCCCCUAAAGGCAUCCAGAUGUUAUGGCACCCCACCAUCGUCAAGCCCUACCUUACCCUGCUGUCUGAGUGCUCCAAUCCGGAUACACUGGAGGGGGCGGCUGGAGCUCUGCAAAAUCUGGCUGCCGGGAGCUGGAAGGUAAAACCUCAGCAUCUUUUAUGUUUUUGGUCGGUGUACAUCCGUGCCGCUGUGCGUAAGGAGAAGGGCCUCCCCAUCCUGGUGGAGUUGCUGAGGAUAGACAAUGACAGGGUGGUGUGCGCCGUGGCCACCGCACUGCGAAACAUGGCCCUGGACGUCAGGAACAAGGAGCUCAUCGGUAAAUACGCCAUGCGGGACCUGGUGCACCGUUUGCCAGGCGGCAGCAACAACAACAACAGCAGCGGGGGCGGGGGGGCCAACGGCGGGGGCCUGCUGGGUAAGACCAUGUCGGACGACACUAUCACAGCCAUCUGCUGCGCGCUGCACGAGGUCAUCACCAAGAACAUGGAGAACACCAAGGCGCUGAGGGACGCCGGCGGGAUCGAGAAGCUCAUCGGCAUCGCCCGCAGCAAAGGGGACAAACACACCCCUAAAGUGGUGAAGGCCGCGUCUCAAGUCCUGAACAGUAUGUGGCAGUACAGGGACCUGCGUAGUCUCUACAAAAAGGAUGGUUAUUCCCAGUAUCAUUUCGUCGGCUCUUCCUCCACAAUAGAGAGAGACAGACAGCGGCCCUACUCCUCCUCCCGUACCCCGUCCAUCUCUCCGGUGCGGACCUCGCCCAACAAUCGAUCAGCAAGUGCUCCUGCCUCCCCCAGGGAGAUGAUGGCGCUGAAGGAGAGGAAGACAGACUAUGAUUCAACGGGUAAUGCCAGUUACCAUGGCAACAAGGGCGAGCACACUUCCAGGAAGGACGCUAUGGCUGGUCAAAUCACCGGGGGGACUUCCACACUGCACAGAGGAACAUACGUCUCUCCUAGUGAUGACCUCAAAUAUAACCAGGUCUCAUCUCAGGGCCUUCCCUCAGAGCCCUACCCUCCCUUCCAGAAUCCUCCUCCGCCAGGCAGCAGCAGUUAUGACGAGCAGGUGUACUAUGAGGACCAGGUGCACGCACCAGGAGGGCGCCCCCCACAGGCCGAGCUCAACAUGCACCUGCAGGGCCUCAAGUCCACUGGCAACUAUGUGGACUUCUACUCAGCGUCGAGACCGUACAGCGAGCUCAACUACGAGACCAGCCACUACCCGGCCUCGCCGGACUCCUGGGUCUGA